UAUGUAAAUCGUUCUCCUCCUCUUCAUAAUUGGUAAUAGGCGACAUUACAAUGGUGUCACCGUUUGUACUCGUUCUAUGCCUAACUCUUCUGCUUCUAUUUUUCUUCAACCACAAACACAGAACCAUCAAGAAAUCACCACCUCGCCCACCAGGUCCAAGAGGCUUACCCAUAAUUGGUAAUCUUCAUCAAUUGGACAAUUCUGUUCUUUUUCUGCAACUCCGGCAAUUCUCAAAGAUCUAUGGCCCAUUAUUUUCCCUUCAAUUCGGUUUAAGACCAGCUAUUGUUGUUUCUUCAGCUAAAAUUGCCAAGGAAGUACUCAAAACCAAUGACCUUGUGUUCUCUGAUCGACCCAACUUACCAUCCCAACAGAAAUUAUGCUAUAAAGGAUAUGAUAUGGUAUUCCAACCAUACAAUGAUUCUUGGAGAGAAAUCAGAAAAAUCUGUGUUGUCCACAUCCUCAGCAACAAGCGAGUCUCAACCUUUGCCUCCACAAGAAAGUUUGAGGUCAAGCAAAUGAUAAAAAAGAUAUCAGAGCAAGCUUCUUCAUCGGUUGUUACAAACUUGAGUGAACUACUCAUAUCUCUGUCAAGCACUAUAAUAUGCAGGAUUGCCUUUGGGAGAAGGUAUGAGGAUGAAGGAACAGAGAAAAGCAAGUUCCAUGAUAUGCUGAACGAGUUUCAGGCCCUGCUGGCUACUUUCUUUGUUUCAGAUUAUAUUCCUUUCACGGGUUGGAUCGAUAAACUAACCGGAUUGAACGCCCGUUUGGACAAAAAUUUCAAGGAGAUGGAUCAGUUCUACCAAGAUGUCAUUGAUGAACACAUGGAUCCCAAUAGACAGAAACCAGAGGAAGAGGAUAUAGUUGAUGUGUUGCUUCGACUCAAGAAACAGGAUACGCUUUCAAUUGAUCUCACUACGAAUCACAUCAAGGGGAUCCUCAUGGAAUUGCUUGUAGCUGCAACAGAUACCACUGCAGCUACAGUAGUUUGGGCUAUGACUGCCUUAAUUAAAAACCCAAGAGUUAUGAAGAAACUUCAAGAAGAAGUUAGGAAUUUUGGAGGAGGCAUAAAAAAAUUCCUAGACGAAGAAGAUGUUCAAGAGUUUCCUUAUCUGAAGGUAGUGAUAAAAGAGACACUGAGAUUGCACCUACCAGCCCCACUCCUUGUGCCAAGACAAUCAAAUGAAAAUUGCCUUAUAGAUGGCUACCACAUUCUAGCAAAGACAAUGGUGUAUGUGAAUGCUUGGGCAAUUCAUAGAGAUCCACAGAUUUGGAAAGACCCAGAAGAAUUUUAUCCAGAGAGAUUUUUAGAUAGUUCUAUAAAUUUUCAAGGGUUAGAUUUUGAACUGAUUCCUUUCGGAGCGGGUCGUAGAAUGUGCCCAGGUUCGGCUAUGGCGCUUGCAUCCGUGGAACUUAUCCUUGCUAAUCUUAUGUAUUCUUUUGAUUGGGAACUGCCACAUGGGUUGGUCAAAGAAGACAUCGAUACUGAAAUAUUGCCAGGAAUCACUCAACACAAGAAGCAUCCUCUCUGCCUUUAUGCCAGAUGUGUGAAUACCACAUAGAUUUGUAAGAAAAAUAAUUAAGGUCAGGUUAUUACUCAUUGUCUUGUUUGUGUUGAACUUUUAAUUUCCUAGUUUUUGUUGUUUAUAGUUGAAAUUGGAAAUAACCACCAGAUGUUCCCGAUCCCCUCUUUAACAAUGAGGCUAGAGGUAUGAUUUUUCUCAUGGGGAUUAAGUACAUUUUGUGGCUAACCAAUUAUCAUUUAGUGCAAGUAUCUUCAACGAUAGAGUUAAUCAGUACAAUCAACAAUAAGUACACAUGUCUAAGGAAGAAAUUAAAAAACAAAUGUACCAUAUUAUUUCCA